AUGCAGAAACAUCCAGCCCACCUGGUGCACAUAAAAGCUGACUGCAAGCAAGCGACAGAGGCAACACGCCUCUCUACUCCGCACCUUGCACCUCUCAAAACCGUCAUGAACUCCCAGCAGACGCUCAACGCCUAUGCACCAAGCCAGCAGAGGAGACCGCUUGGAGCCGUCGACACCUCUCGCCUCCACCCCCCCGCGCCAAACCUGUCGAAGGGUCAUGAGCAAAGUCCAACGCGUGGAUACGGUGGGUACGCCAGCCUUGGAGGGAGCCCCUACCCUGGCGCAGGGCAGGGUUAUAUGGGCCUGUCGGUGCCAGAUCCAAGCCAUCUGAUGGGCGAGGAGCUGCGUCGGCUUGGGCUCGCUGUUGAAGAGCAAGCGAGUUCUAUUAACCAGCUUGAUCAGAGCCAGCAGCAGCAAUCACAGGUGCUGCAGGCGCUCACCGAUACUGUUGCUAGGCUUGAGAAAGAGAUGGAGGAGGAGAAGGCACGCGCUGUUGCAGCAAAAGGAGGGUCUGCCCGCGCGCAUGCAAACGGCCACCCCGACGUCAAGAAACACGUCCACCAGAUGUAUGUCCGCCUAUGCGACAUCAACGUUGAGGGCCGCUACGCCAUUUCGGAUGCACUGGGUGCUAUCCAGCCCUUGUCUAAUGGGGAGGCCUUUGAAACCGCUCCAGGCCCAGGUACCGACACAAAGAAAGUUUGGAAGCCGGACUGGAGGGCUGGCCUUCGAAACCCUGUUAAUGCCCUGUUCAUUAAAGAGGUUGCUGAAUGUGUGUACCAGGACGAACAGGACCGCCGAGGCCAAGACAAGAGCAAGGCCGCCAAGAUCCCUAAUGAAAGUUUUGAUCGCGACAUAAUCACCACGGUGGUAAAGACGUACUUCGGCAACUUCACCAGGCGCGCACAGCAAGAUGAUGAUGAUGCCAGGGCUGCCCGAGCUCGCGAUGCCAACAGGGAUAACCGCCGGUUCCAGCGUGCCAAGACGCUGGCGAGAACGCGUCGCGCUGCUGCUGAGCCCUAUGAGUCUGUCUACCCAGGCAUUGUUGGCACGAUCCACACCGACUUCUGUACCGAUCAGGAGACGUGCAGUGAGGGUGAUAUGACUGACCAUAUGCUGCAGGCUUCGCAGUUGAGACAAGGUGCUUACCCCAGCUGCCAGUACACCACCCUCAUGCGCUGGUUGUCCCUGGUGUCAGCAGCAGGAAACAACGAGGGGGGUGAACGCCCGCAAAAGAGACGCAAAACAACUGGCAGGGGCAACCGCAAUGCGUGGGAUGCAGCCCCUAACACCAUGAGAAUGCAGCCGCCAAGCACGGGGAAGGGCGUACCUUUCUAUGAUAUGGUUGAUACCAACUGGCUUGCUAGGCAGGUGGAGCGUCCGAAGAUGGUGGACGCAAGGCUCAAGUGGCUGCAGAGUUUCCACACUGAUAAGAAGGACGAGCUGAAGGAGAAGGACAGGUUGUUUAUUGAGGAGGCGGAGGAAUGGAAGAAGGAAAACUGGGAACUAUGUGACGGUGAAGUUUCUGGGGAGGUGAUGGUGGCCAGCACCUUGCCCAACGUCGAAUGA